AUGCCUGCACCAAAACUCACGGAGAAACUAGCCUCUUCCGAGAAUGCACAGGAAACUACGAAUUGCAGUUCCAGUUCCACCAAGGUUAAAGAUACCAAGACGUCGGCAGAACAGGCGUAUGUCUACAAAGAGCCUAGCGCGACCAAGAAGAUACUCUACUCCAUUGCCACAUGGCUGUUGUACAACAUCUUUCACUGUUUCUUUAGAGAGAUCAGAGGUCGGGGUAGUUUCAAAGUACCGCAACAGGGGCCACUAAUUUUUGUUGCAGCUCCGCAUGCUAACCAGUUUGUUGAUCCUGUCAUCCUUAUGGGUGAGGUAAAGAAAUCUGUCAACAGACGUGUAUCCUUCUUGAUCGCGGAGAACUCAUUAAAACAACCCGCUAUUGGAUUUUUGGCCAGUUUCUUUAUGGCCAUAGGCGUGGUAAGGCCGCAGGAUAAUUUGAAACCGGCUAAAGGCACUAUUCGUGUGGACCCAACAGACUAUAAGAGAGUCAUUGGGCACGACACGCAUUUCUUGACUGAUUGUAUGCCAAAGGGCCUCAUCGGGUUACCCAAAUCUAUGGGGUUUGGAGAAAUCCAGUCCAUUGAGAGUGACACGAGUUUGACUUUGAGGAAGGAGUUCAAGAUGGUCAAACCGGAGAUCAAAACCGCUCUACUCAACGGCACCAGCUAUAAAUACGCCUCUAAAGUCGAUCAAUCUUGCGUUUACCACAGAGUCUUCGAACAUUUGGCUCACAACAACUGCAUUGGGAUCUUUCCUGAAGGUGGGUCCCAUGAUAGAACAAACUUGUUGCCCUUGAAAGCAGGUGUAGCCAUUAUGGCUCUUGGUUGCAUGGACAAGCAUCCGGACGUCAACGUGAAGAUCGUUCCUUGCGGUAUGAAUUAUUUCCAUCCACAUAAAUUCAGAUCUAGAGCAGUUGUCGAAUUCGGCGACCCCAUCGAAAUACCGAAGGAUCUAGUUGCUAAGUACCAUAACCCAGAGACCAACAGAGAUGCUGUCAAAGAGUUAUUGGACACUAUAUCCAAGGGUUUGCAAUCUGUCACCGUUACAUGUUCUGACUAUGAAACUUUGAUGGUGGUCCAGACGAUAAGAAGACUGUACAUGACCCAGUUUAGUAGCAAAUUACCAUUGCCCUUGAUCGUGGAAAUGAACAGAAGAAUGGUCAAAGGUUACGAGUUCUAUAGGAAUGAUCCUAAAAUAAAGGACUUGACAAAAGACAUAAUGGCAUAUAAUGCUGCUUUGAGACACUAUAAUCUACCCGACCAUUUGGUGGAGGAGGCAAAGGUAAAUUUCGCCAAAAAUCUCGGACUUGUUUUCUUUAGAUUGAUCGGGCUCUGCAUUCUCUUUUCCCUAGCAAUGCCUGGCAUUAUUAUGUUUUCACCUGUCUUUAUCUUGGCCAAGAGAAUUUCUCAAGAGAAGGCUCGUACCGCUUUAUCCAAGUCUACGGUCAAAAUAAAGGCCAAUGAUGUCAUUGCCACAUGGAAAAUCUUGAUCGGGAUGGGAUUUGCACCCUUACUGUACAUCUUUUGGUCCGUUUUGAUCACUUACUACCUGAGAUAUAAGCCGUGGAAUAGAAUAUACGUAUUUUCUGGGUCCUAUAUGUCCUGUGUUAUAGUCACAUAUUCUGCUUUGAUCGUAGGUGACAUUGGUAUGGAUGGUUUUAAAUCUUUAAGACCGUUAGUCUUAUCUCUCACGUCUCCAAAGGGCCUACAAAAACUACAGAAGGACCGUAGGAACUUGGCAGAAAGAAUAAUCGAGGUCGUCAAUAAUUUUGGAAGCGAAUUGUUCCCCGAUUUUGACAGCGCCGCUCUACGUGAGGAAUUCGACGUUAUUGAUGAAGAGGAAGAAGAUAGAAAGACUUCAGAGUUGAAUCGCAGGAAAAUGUUAAGGAAACAAAAAGUAAAAAGACAAGAGAAAAAUUCGUCAUCAUUCAUCAUUAACGAGCAUGACAAUCAUGAUACCUACGAACAUCAUAACCAAGAUUCAGAUGGUAUCUCAUUGGUCAAUAGUGAUAAUUCUCUCUCUAACAUUCCCUUAUUCUCCUCUACCUUUCAUCGUAAAUCAGAAUCCUCUUUAGCUUCAGCAUCCGUUGCAGCUUCUUCUUCAUCAGAAUUUGAAAUAGAAAACGAUAUCUUGGAAGAAAAAAACGGGUUGGCAAAUAAAAUUGCGCAAGCUGUCAUGAACAAGAGAAUAGGUGAAAACGCUGCGAGGGAAGAAGAAGAAGAAGAAGAAGAAAAGCAAGAGUAA